AUGGUAUCUCCGAUAAACAAAUGGCCUUCCAAAGAAGGAUUUACGGCCGAUGUGGUGGGCAAAUUCAUCUCGCGCACAUUCCUAGAUCCUUGGAAGGUAGUUCCUCUGCUGGCUCUGGCUAAAUACACAGUGAGGGGACGUGAACUCCUCGAGUCGCGACCCCAUGCGCUGAAGGUACUCAGGACAUUCGCGUUACUAGCAGUCCUCGGUCGACUCGGCGCGUGGGUAGAUCGCUGGACGAUCAACAACGGCUACAGAGACCAGUAUAACUGGAACCGAGAGAUCGUUGUUCUGACUGGUGGCAGCAACGGCAUUGGCCGGCAGGUCGCCCAAUUGCUCGGCGAUCGCGGCGUCAAAGUAGCCAUCCUGGAUAUCUCGCCGCCAUCAGACACCCUACCCAACAGCGUCCGUUUCUAUCAAUGCGAUAUCACCUCGGUUGAUGAUAUCGCCUCUGCCGCACAAUCUAUCCGCGCAUCCUUCGGACGUCCCACCAUCCUCAUCAACAACGCAGGCAUCUGCACCGGCAAAACCAUCCUCGGCACCACCCCCGAACAAACACGACGCAUGUUCGAAGUCAACACUUUCGCCCACUACUGGCUCGCACAGGAAUUCCUUCCGGACAUGAUCGCCCGCAACCACGGAAUGGUAGUGACUAUCGCCUCGCAAGCAGCAUACGCUGUGUCCCCGAACAUGGUCGAUUACUCGGCCAGCAAAGCGGCAGCUAUUGCUUUUCACGAGGGACUUGCCGCCGAGCUUGUUACCCGGUACCAGGCGCCGAAGGUCCGCGCUGUCUUGGUGACGCAGGGGUUCACGCGCACGGCGCUCAUCAAAAAUCUGACCCCCGAGGAUACUUUCGCGAAUCCUCUGUUGUGGCCAGAGACGGUCGCAGAGGCCAUUGUUAGUCAGGUGCUUACCGGGGAGAGCGGUCACGUCCUGGUGCCCACUUUCGCUGGGUGGAUCGCGCAGCGUCUCCGCGGGUAUCCUCUUUGGUUCCAACAUUCGCUACGGUGUCGGCUUGAGCGUCUCAUGCGUGCAGAUUAG